AGGAGGUGUGGAUGGGCAAAACACGUAUAAAUAGAUCGGCACCACGGACCUGAGACCACAUUGUUCAGCACAUAUUAGCACCAUGAAUAUUCUAGCAUCUAUAGGAUUGUUGGUAUGCGUAUGCAUGGCAUACGCAUUAGCGCUGCCUAGCCCUUUAGAAACUUCGAGCUCUUCAGCAGAGCCCGAAUCAAACGCCGAGAGCUUAGUACCUGAAGAGUCCCGGUGGGGUGGUGGCCAUGGAGGUCGUGGAUGGGGCGGCGGCCGAGGAUGGGGAGGCGGCCGAGGUGGUGGUUACGGUGGUGGAUACGGAGGCGGAUACGGGGGCGGAUAUGGAGGUGGAUACGGGGGUGGAUACGGGGGUGGCUACGGCGGCGGAUUCGGCGGUGGUUACGGUGGCGGCGGCGGCUGGGGACGUUAAGCAAUACUUACAUCUGUCCAAUAUUUGGAUCUUUCACUGUGGUUAUGAUUUCUAAUAAAUUUAAUACAAUUUA